AUGGGUGACACGAGGACGAAGACUAGGACGCGAACGCGCACGCGCAACAUCCCCAAGCAGGUGAACGAAACGCCCUUUGGUGUCUUCCUAUGGGGUGGUCCGGAGAAAUUCGACCGGCGGCGAGAUGUCUAUAACGAACUCUCGACAAAUCCCAUGUUCGCCAAAGAUACCGGAUACCACACAAGUCUAGCACGAAAGGAUGCCUGGACGAAAGCCGCGUUACAGUCGCGCGAGUUGAUUGAGAUCAAGCUCCGGAAGAAAUGGCCUCAUCGUCAUUUCAUGGAUGCAAUACGCAUGACUGAUUGGUUCUUACCAGUGCAGCCGCAAUUUCGAAUCUUCAUGUCGAAUCUAGAGCGUCAGAUGUCGGACGAGCAGAAGGCGAUAUGGGUCCCGAAAGCGGAACGAUUCGAGAUAUUUGGUUGCUAUCCUCAGACCGAGCUUGGGCAUGGGUCGAACGUCAGUGGUAUCGAGACUACUGCUACCUUUGAUAGACUGACGGACGAAUUCAUCAUCAAUUCGCCAACGAUUAGCAGCACGAAGUACUGGAUAGGUGGAUCCGGCAUCUGGGCAACGCACGGGAUUGUGGUUGCUCGACUUAUCAUUGAUGGUCAGAACUACGGGAACCAUCUAUUCCUGACACAGCUGCGGGAUCUGAGCACGCAGCAGCUGAUGGUAGGGGUGGAGAUCUACGAGAUGGGUCCAAAGUCGUUCCAGGGCAUGCUCGGUGCAGAUACAGGCGCUUUGAGGUUCAACCACGUCCGAAUACCACGAAGUCAGAUGUUAGCCAGGAAUGCGCAAGUGGAGAGGAGUGGCAACUACAUCAAGCCGAAGAACCUGAAGCACUCGUAUGGCUCCAUGGUCACAGUCAGAGCACUGAUGGCCGAAAUCACAGGUCACGAUCUUCUGCGUGCGGUAAGCACUGCCUAUCACUAUACAACAUUUCGGAAGCAGUUCAGGAGGGACAGAGAGCAGGACGCAGAGGAGACAACUGUCUUCGACUACUCAAGCGUACGGCAUCGCCUACUGCCACUUUUAGCUCAAGGCGUUGCAUUAGUACUGGUCGGCCAGAGCAUCAACGAAGCAUACCAGGAGUACACGAAACAGAUGCUGGGUGGCGACACUUCUGGCCUCGAAGACUUACAUUUGCAGACGGUCGGUGCCAAGGUCUAUUCCACUGAGAUCACUGGUAGAGGCGUGGAAACAUGUCGCAUUGCUUGUGGCGGCCAUGGCUACAGCGGACUAUCUGGCUUUGGUCGAAUGUAUGCCCACGCCAUCAAUGCUGUCACCUACGAGGGUGACAACUACGUGAUUGGCCAGCAAGUCCCAAGAGCAAUCUUGAAGCACUACAAGAACAAAUCUGAGGCCAGCCUGCCCAGCAUUGCUUAUCUGUCUCUGCUCAGGGAUGAGCGAACGCCACAGCCACCAGCAGACCUGACCAAUCCCACCUCUUGGUCGUUACGAAGUGUUCAAGAAUGGGCGCUUGGCAUUCGGCAGGUUAACCUAGUGCGAGAACACAUUGAAGACACCUCGCGCGGUCGGGACACCAGCUAUACGACACAUUCCCUAACGAUGGCGCAUUCUGACUUUACUUACUGGCGUGGACUCUGGAAAGUCAUUGAUGCGAUUGCGAACGUAUCCUUCGCCGGCCCGAUGAAGUCCCUAGGGCUGGUCUUCUCACUUUCGAUCUUGUUCAAUCCUCAUCACCCGUCGUUGACCCGACACCUACCUCUAACCACAGCACAGUACUCGGCGCUCCGCGACGCCUACCAGUCGGCCCUGGACGGCUUUGCAGACAAUCAUGUUGCGACAAUCAUUGAUGCAUAUGGUCUGACGGAGUACGAGAUGGACUCUGCAUUAGCUCGAGCGGAUCAGACUCCAUAUGAGGCGCUGUUAGAUGGUGCUAAGCGCAGCGAGAUGAGUGGAGAAAAGAUGAGCACCUGUGGCCUAUGA